AUGUGGAGAUCAUGGGCAAUCCCAGAUCCAGAGCCAUUUGAAGUAGAGAAACACGACUUCAAAGCGUUUUUCCGGCUUUUUAUGGCCAAAUAUGAAGAUCUUUUUGACGACGAAGACACCCUAGCGGAUCUUCUAAGGGACAAAUUCAUGAAAGGCUCAGCCAAGACUAUGUUUGCGGCGGCCUGGCGUGAAAGCUACGGAGUCUUCGAGGAAGCCAUUACGAUUUUCCGAAACAAAAUCAAGGUAAGCAAGACCAGCCAAGCGAAUAAGUCUCAAAUGGAGUUUUCCCAACUUCGGAAAAGACCGGACCAGUCAAUUGAAACUUUCUGCAAGGUCGUUGAAAGGUUGUCGGAAAUGGCCUACCCAAUGAGCAGCGAAAUUCUGUCAGCUCUUCGCACAAAUAAGCUGAUGGAAGCAACAGAAGACUGGCCUGAGCACAGCAUGCUGGUGAUGGAGAGAGCAAGAUGCGACCAAGGAGAGGAGUAUGACAAGCUCAGAGACUUCGCCAUUCGCAUCGAGACUGAAAGUUACGCCAGGAAGAAAAGGAAGGAACAUCAGCGGCCGAGCUUCAAGUCCAGCUGGAGACAGCAAGACGACGAAGAACGACCAAAGAAGAAGCUGGAAGAAGCUCGAGAGAGCAGGCGCGAAGAGGCUAAGGACAGACCAAAGGCCGGCAAGUGGUCUGAGAAGAGAUCAGACAAGAAGUCAGAAUCGAGGAACACUAAAUGUUCCUACUGCGGCUUCGGGAACCAUACUUUCGAGAACUGCUGGAAAAAAAGGCAAAAUCCUGAACUGCACCAAAUCCAGCAUAAAGAGGAAAAAGACGUCGACGGCGUGGGGCCAAGCCUGACGGAAAAAGCUAAGAUUGGAAGUUGGUCAGGGACACUGCUGAUUGACUCGGGAGCCAUGGUGAGCGUGAUUUCCACGGCCAUUCUGGAAGAAGCUCGCGCAAAACUAGGCGAGCCGAACCAAUUCAUUGUCGAAGAGCAGCUCCCAACCAACAACUUCGGCAUCCAACUGGCGGAUGGAGGCAAUCUCAAGGUGAAAGAAAGAGUCCGCCUGCUGAUCACCGUGAAGGACCGCCAAGCACCAGUGCUGUUUCAAGUAAUUGAAACAGAGAAAAAAGUCUGGAUACUCGGAACCAACGGUUUUGGCGCCUUGGGAGUGAGUCUCGCCUGGAGGGAAGACGCGGCGACAGCCAAGGAGAGCAUCAGGGUUCAAGCGCAUUCCUGUGCAAAGCUUAAGGUUUCUGAACCUCCAACGGCAGCGGCGACGCUGUUCCAAAGCACCCACCAAGCAAUACCAGAGAGUAUUGUGGCGGCGGGACAACAGGAAACACAGCUUCUCAUCCAGAAUAACAGCAGCGAAAUGCUAACGAUCAAGAAGAACUCUGUCAUCGGGACCUGGGAAAAUUGGACCUCGAUGGAAAAAGAGGAAGAAAAAGAGAAGGUCGAAGCAAACGAGGACUGCAGUCCGAACGGCCAAAACGAAAACGUCCAAAAGCCGGCCGUACUGGCGAUUGGACAAGAAAGCCGUGAAGAGCGAGAUCGGAAAAUACAGUUAUUACAGCUGAUUGACGAAAAUGGGAAAAUUCAAUACCCGUCGAUCAGGAAGCUAGUGGAAGAGUUCAACGACGUCUUCGCCAUCAAAGAGACAGAACUAGGCCAAACGGACCUAGUUCGACACGAAAUCGACACUGGAGAACACCAGCCGAUUCGCCAAAGAGCUCGACCAGUACCUUUGGCCCUCAGGGGUCAAGUUCAGGACAUCCUGGACGAUUUGCUGCAAAAAGAAGUGAUUAAAGAAAGCACAUCACCUUGGUCAUCACCUGUCGUGUUGGUACGGAAGAAGGACGGCACAAUCAGGUUAUGCGUCGAUUUCAGAAAACUGAAUGAAGUAACGAAAGCAAAUGCUUUUCCUCUACCCAACAUCGAAGCCACACUACAAUCCUUGAGUGGAUCGAGCAUUUUUUCGAGUCUAGACCUGAUAAGUGGCUACUAUCAAGUAAAGCUGGACGAAAAAACUGCCGAGAAAUCAGCAUUCGCGACGAUGGACAAACUCUACGAGUUUUCAGUCCUACCUUUUGGACUAUCAACAAGUCCUGCGGUCUUUCAAUCGCUCAUGGAGCAAGUUUUGGGCGAUUUGAUUGGAAAAGGGGUUUUUAUCUACAUCGACGACCUACUAAUCGCAAGUCAAAACUUGGACCACCACGAACAAGCACUCAGAGAAGUGUUCAAGAAGUUCAGAAAAGCGGGCCUAAAGUUCAAAGCGUCAAAAUGCUCCCUCGCACAGGGACAAGUGAGAUACCUGGGUCACCUGUUAACCAAAGAAGGCGUCCAAACAGAUGCGGAGAAGGUGGAAAAGGUAAAAGACUUCCAAAGACCUGAAAAUAGGCUGCAACUCCAGUCCUUCCUGGGACUGGCAGGCUAUUACAGGAAAUUCAUUUAUGGAUAUUCCAAAAUUGCAGCCCCGUUAUUUAUGCUCACCUCACAGAAAUGCCGUUGGGAAUGGGGUCCGGCGCAAGAAAAAUCUUUCACGGAUUUGAAAAAAAGGCUUUGUGAAGCACCAGUGCUGGGUCAACCGAACAUGGAAGCGGCCAUGUCGGGAGAAAGACCUUUCACGAUCUUUUCUGAUGCUAGUUAUGAUGGUCUAGGAGCCGUUCUAGCUCAGAAGAUGGACGAUGGAGAAAUGCAUCCGAUCUCAUUCGCUUCCAAGUCACUGUCGGCAGCAGAAAAGAACUACCAUGUCACGGAUUUAGAAGCGCUAGGCGUCGUAUUUGCGACCAGAAGAUUCAGAAAUUUCAUUUACGGAACGAGGACGAAGGUCUACACUGACCACCAACCUCUCGUAGCCUUGCUGAAAUCAAAACAGGUAGCGCCGAGGGUCCUCAGAUGGUCGUUGGAGCUCCAAGAAUACAAUCUGGAAAUAAUCUACAUAAAAGGAGCAGCCAAUAAAGUGGCAGAUUGCUUAUCCAGAGGAGGGGCGACAGUACUCGACGAAGACCUCGAAGGCGAAACCCUCGUGGAAUACUCAACCAUCGUGAGUUCAGCAGAAGUACAAUUUUCAAAUGAAGCAGAACUCAAGAAAAGCCAAGAAGAAAAAACUGAACAACCAGUUAAGACGACUUGGGCCGACUGCCUCAGCCAAGAAGAAGAAUCCUGGAGGAUUUUACGGGAUAAACUGAAAGAAAAACAACAUGCGAAGAUAAAAUUGGAAGGUGGAAAACAAAACUUCUGGACAGGCGACUUUUUCGAAACACAGGGAGAAAUUUUUUUCACAAACCAGGAAGGAAAGCUGCAGAAGGUGGUUCCACUAGCUUUGCGGAAGAAGCUGUUCGAAGAAGCUCACUCGGGUCCACUGGCAGGACACUGGGCGCCUCAAAAAGUACAGGAAAAGCUGAAAGAAAACUAUUUCUGGCCAUCGAUGUGGAAAAACGUCAACAAAUGGUCGAGAGAAUGCGUAAAGUGCCUUCUCUUCAAUGAUGCUCCGCAACUUACAGCACCCCUGAACCCCUACAUAACCAGUGAACCACUAGAAAUAGUUGCACUAGAUCUUAUCGACAUGGGGAGAGCGACUUCUGGGAAUCGAUACAUCCUCACGAUUAUCGACCUCUUCACGAAAUUCGCUGCAGCUUAUCCGAUCCAGAACAAGACUGGAGAAGCCGUGGCAACUACGCUCACAGAGAACUGGCUCCUUCGGGAAGGAAGGAUACCAAAGACGAUACUGACAGACCAAGGAAAUGAGUUCAGAAAUGAGCUUAUGGAAACGGUCACAAAAAUGAUGGGAAGUAACCACGUCCAGACCAAAGGCUAUAACAGCCGAGAAAAUGGAUGCGUGGAAAGAUUCAACCGAACGUUGGAAAGUAUCCUGAAAAAGAAAAUGGUUAUUACCACGGAUUGGGACAAGCUGGUGCCGGCGGCGGUAUUUGCCUACAACAGUACCAAACAUGGCACGACAGGGGAAUCCCCUUAUUUCCUAAUGUACGGAAGAGAUCCUCGAAUUCCAAGCGAAAUCGAGGACAAAUUCAAACCAAAAUGGGUUCAAAACGACCUAGACUCGUACAAGUACACCUUGAUGGAAGUACUACAUCAAGCUCAUGAAGAAGCCAGGGCGAACCUCCUCAAGGAAGGAACAGCCAUGAAAAAACAGUUCGAUAAAAAGAAUAAAACUGAAGACAAAACGUUUCCGAAAGUAGGAGAUCGAGUCCUACUGUGGGUACCUACCGAAGCAGCGAACUCGAAAAAUCCGAAGCUCGUGAGCGGCUGGUCGGGACCAUUUCGAGUAAAAGAGACGUCAGGAACUUCAGCUUUGAUAACACCUCUACUAGGUAAAGAAGAUCCGAUGUCUGUACCAUUCGACCACCUGAAGAUCGUACCUAAAGAAAUCGCGGAAGAUGUCAAAAUGAACACAAAAAGGAAAAGAAGGGGACGAAAACCGGUGGUGGUGGCUUCCUUAUACCUAAACGGGGAAAAAAACGAUCAAAAAAUCAAAGGUUUUCAGUUUCCUCAGCAUAACGUGGCCAAUUGCAGGUGCCUAGCGGUUUUCGAAGCCGAUUCCAAGACAUUGGCGUGUGCCUGCACAACGAACCACCCCAGUCUCGCCGAACUAGCGCAACGUCAAAAAGCUAGAGAGCGAUUUCCAGAAUCCGGAGCGCUCAGAAUGCUGGCGCAAGUCGCGGUGAAACCGGAGCUGAUCCCGACCACAGAAGAUCUAUUGGCAGUGCAAUCUCGCUCGACCUGCUUACAAACAGCACGAGAAAUCUUGUUGCUGUUCGAAACCAGGACAAGUGGAGCCGAGCCGCAGCAACAAAAAGAAAAGAACGCGUUGGCAGCCGUGGAAUCUCUGCGAAGAGACUGGUUAGAGCACUGGGAGCCUAAAAAAGUGCUCCUACACCAUGCGAGGAUUCUUCUCGUGCCAGAGAAACUUCAAGGUUUAAUCCAACUCGAAGGAUAUAGCAGCUUUGGACAAAGAAGUUUUGAGAGCUUCGCGAAGUUCAUUAUGGGAGCGGACUUUUCCAAGGUCCUAGAGGUCUUGAUAGUGUUGCCAAUCAACGAGUUUUGGACAUUAGAAAACGCGGAAAUUUUCGCCAAAGGCUGCGAGAGCCUCCCCGCCGGCACGAAAUACAUCAUCGUCCCGUUCCACGCGGAAACCGCAGCGAUAAACUGCAGUGUGGCUACAAACACGAUGGAGAAUUGGGCAAACGCGAAAAGACUGAACGUAGUGUCGCCGAAACGAUCGUUACCAGAAAAUCCGGCCGUUCAGCUGUCGUUCUUCGAGAAUUCGUCUCCCAUUCCCUCGAAGAAAGUGCUAGCGACGUGGAUGAAGGCGGUAGGGAUGAUAUUCCCGUCCUUGCCGGCCUUCAGAGCAAGAAUGGAAGAGGAAUCGCCAGAAGGAGAUCAAGAACGAGGAAGUUGGCACGGUCCUAAAAAUCAAAGGGUUCAUCAGUAUCCUGGGAACAAGCGAUCAGCCUAUCGUACGAAACCUUACGAAGCAAAAGGUCCGGCAUCUGACAGCAGGAGAGGGAAAGCGGCCCGGGGCGGGCCUCUCUAGGGCCGGGGGAAGUUGAUCUUCCGCGACAGUGAUCUACGGGUCAAAGAAAGGCGCCAAAUUUUCCCCCUUUUUAGCCCUUCUCUAUUGUCAUCUUUUCUUCCUCGCCAUAUUUUUCUAUUCCUUUCAAGUUCAUUGUUCUUUCUAAUUAGUUACCUUUUUAUUUGUUUUCGUUUAUCUAUUUUAUUCAUUUGUAUCUCGUCUUUGUUAAAUUAAUUUCUUAUUCAAACGAGUAGCACUCCUUUAUCCUAUUAAGUACGCGUUAAUAACUUCUCGUUGUUUUUACAAAACGUGUUGGUUUAAUUACCCAAGUUUGAGGUUUCUCAACGUGGGAUCAACCUCAACCCUUGCACAGUUGUGAGCCGCCCGUUUUCGUACUCAAUUGUUGGAAGUUAGUAAAGAGUGGUAUUUGAAAAGAAAUCGUGUUCGUGUUAUAUAAAAAAACCGCGUAAUUACGCUUUAGAAUUGCAAGUCCUCGAACACUUAAGUGUUCACUAAGCGAGAGUCGUCGAGGGGCAAGGUCUCAGACCCAGCCAGCGUUGCUUCGUCGUGUCUCUCUGUCGAAGCUGCUCAGACGACUGCGGAAAACCGUGUUGUGGCUCUUGCCCGCCGGUUCACCUUCUUUCUCCUGCAGCAGCCCAGCUAGGAAGAGUGUUGUGGCUCAGCCCGCCUCUCUCCACUGGAUACAAACCGGACGUGAACUUUCCAAAAACUUACUGAGAAAGCCCUGAAGGGGAAAAACCUCUCGGAGGCGUAGAAAUCUCUUUAAAGUUAGUUAAGGGAAUACUCGUUUGGCGUUCUUUGAUUACUGAGAUUAGUAAAGUAGUGUUUAUAAUUACGUAAACCAUCUUCGCUAAAUCUACUAAAUAUGAACUUUUUCUCUGAUUCUCAUCUGUGUUUUCUUGCAAAAAAAAAAUCUAGCUAGUAUAGUCAUUUUAUAAGCGCUGUUUGGGCGGAAUUAUAAUACGAAAUUAUAAAAUUUAGUAACAGGCCGCUUGCUGCAUUUUCUGGAACAACGGGAGCUUGCUGCAUUUUCUGGUUAUCGUCCGAAGCCCACUAUGUCGUAAGUUUCUUCCCUGCCUUCUCACUGAUAGUUUUUUAAAGCAAUUACACACCGCCCGAAGAUUUUCCGGAUGAUUUUUUGGAGCCAAUGGAUGGUAUAUUGAGGUUUUUUCUCAUAUAAUUUGGAUGUUUCAGAUUCCAUUGUCGAACUUUCAUACCUGAGUCUUGAAGAAGGUGGGUUACUAAUUACAAGUUUUUAACAUGUAUCAAAAAAUCACUUUAAGGGGAAAUCCGCGACACGAGUAUGAAUUCCACACGAUCUACAACUGAAUUAAAAGAAAAAUCGACUGAUGGUAAUCGAAAAUUAUAGAAAAUUUAACGGAUGCGGAAAAUUAUUAUUAUCUUUCAGAGAACCAAAACAUCAUCGGUGUUCACCUCGAUGAGAUUAAUUCUUUUUCGGAUCAGCCAUAUGAUGAGGGCGAAUUUUUUUCGGAUGUUAGAAAAGUUCCCCUGAACGUUCUGCGCGGGAUCCAGUGA